UAUACUUUUCUAUCUCAUCACGCUUCCUCUUUGCUUCUUCUCUCUCUCUCUAGAGAGGUGUUUAGGGUUUGUUAGAUGGGGCAACAAUCGCUGAUCUACGGCUUUAUUGCCCGGGGAACGGUUAUUCUCGCCGAGUUCACCGAGUUCACCGGAAACUUCACCGGCAUAGCAUCGCAGUGUCUCCAGAAACUUCCCGCCACCAACAACCGAUUCACGUACAACUGCGACGACCACACCUUCAACUACCUAGUUGAAGAUGGCUACACUUAUUGCAUUGUUGCUAUCGAAUCUGCUGGUAGACAGAUUCCCAUGGCCUUCCUUGAACGGAUUAAAGAGGAGUUUGUCAAGAGAUAUGGCGGUGGAAAAGCUUCAACAGCUGAUGCUAAAAGCUUGAACAGGGAAUUUGGUCCGAAGAUCAAGGAGCAGAUGCAAUACUGUGUGGAUCACCCGGAGGAGGUCAGCAAGCUUGCAAAAGUAAAAGCUCAGGUUUCUGAAGUUAAAGGAGUAAUGAUGGAAAACAUUGAGAAGGUUCUUGAUCGAGGGGAGAAGAUUGAACUUCUAGUUGACAAAACAGAGAACCUUCGUUCUCAGGCACAGGAUUUUAGGACAGAAGGGACUAAAAUGAGAAGAAAAAUGUGGUUGCAAAACAUGAAGAUAAAACUGAUAGUUCUAGCCAUCAUCAUCGCACUGAUCUUGAUCAUAGUUUUAUCAGUUUGUGGCGGUUUCAAGUGCCAUUGAUAUAUUUUGGUACUUGUGAAACUCUUAUACAUAGCAAGUGUUUUUUUUAUUGUAAAAUGAAUGAUGCUACACAUUUUGUACUUUCAUAUGGUCAUUUUACAUUCAUUUCA